GGUUCUUCUAUGGAAUCACUACAAAAAGAAAAGAGAAAAGAAAAUAAACAUUUGGUCUUUUUAAAAAAAAAAAACUAUUAUAAACAAAGAACUUAAAAGACAGUUUGUAAAAUGCACACUGUGAUUAAUACAUAGUCAUAAAUUAUACCUUGAAACUGACAUUGACCAUGAACAUGUUCUUUUAAACUGGGUUCCCAAACCAUAAAUCACAGGAUUGAUUUAUAGCUCCACAUUAAAGAAAGAGAUAUAAAGGAGAAAACAAGAGGUUUGUUUUCUCUCUAAAUGAAGACGAGCUUGAAGCACUAAGUAUUCCACCAUGACAGUAUCCUACAAACUUAAGGUGGCCAAUGCUAAGUUUGGAGGCUUCUCAAAGUUGCUCUUCCGAUGGAAAGGAAGUAUUUACAAGCUUCUAUACAGAGAAUUCCUGGUCUUCUGUUUACUGUACGGCUUCAUCAGUAUUCUAUACAGGUGUGUCCUCACUAACAAACAACAAGAGGUGUUUGAGCGACUCGCACGCCAUUGCAACAAGUUUGCUAAACUCAUCCCUAUGUCAUUUGUUCUUGGGUUCUAUGUCACCCAGGCAUUUCAGCGGUGGUGGGGUCAGUAUACAAGCUUUCCCCUGCCAGAUAACCUGAUGAUGGUCGUAUCUGGGAAUGUCCAUGGCACAGAUGAAAGAGGCCGUCUGCUGAGGAGAACUUUGAUGAGGUAUGCAAACCUGUCGUCUGUCCUCAUCCUGCGCUCCAUUAGUACACGAGUACGCAAGAGGUUCCCAAAUCUGGAGGACAUUGUGGAGGCAGGAUUCAUGACCGCAGACGAGCUCAAGAAACUAAACCAUCCUUCUUUUACGCUGGGUGGUUAAAGGUACAAAAUUGGUUUGAUUUCUUUAAAAUUAAGGGUAGGCUACACAUGUUCUUAAAGGUAGGGGAACUUAUUAUCAACCCAUUUGGAGAAGAUGACGAUGAUUUUGAGACCAACCAACUCAUAGAUCGAAACAUUCAGGUUAGUAAAUCAGUACACCAUUUCAAAGUAUGCACACAAUGGAUAAUAACCACAAGUGGCAAUGUUUUUGAUCUUAUCCAGGUUUCCAUGCUAGCUGUAGAUGAUAUGCAUCAAAACCUUCCUCUUUUUGAGAAAGACAAAUGCUGGGAGGAUAAGGGUCCUUCAUAUCCACACAUGACAUGAGGAUUCUUGAGGAUGAUAACGAAGAACCUUUAACAGCCCCCAAGUCACAAAUGCUUACCAUCAAUGUGUGGUAAAAAAGCAGAAGAGCAAGAGCUUGCAACAUUUAUGUCUUUGCUGCAGCUCUAAAUGUAAAGGCGAAAGCUCUUGAACAGCCUUCCAAAACCAUCAUCCCAUCCCCACUGCAGCAACAAAACCUGACCACUCAACAUGUCUGCCAUGAGAAACUCUCGGGGUCACCUGAAACUACAGGACAGACAAACCAAGACCCAUAGAUAAAUAUGUAACUUCCCAGUCAGAUUUUACUUGGCAUGUAUUUGUUGGAACAGUCAAGGAUAAGAGGAUACUUGCUAUGUACAUAUUACCCUUCAAAGGUUUGGGGUCUGAAUUAUUUUUUAAAAGAAAUUGUUUUAUUCAUUAAAGCUGCAUUAAAUUGU